AAAUCUGUAGAGUCAACCUCUAUACAGCGCUUUUACAAAAGCAACCUGCAAUAACAAUGAAGGGAUUCGCCAAGAGCCUGCUCGCGCUGGCCAUCCUGGCGACCGCCUUCUCGGCGACGCACGCUGGACCGAUCGCCUACGGCAUCUGCCAGACGGGCUGCAACGCACUUGCUGUGGCCUGCUACGCGGCUGCUGGCUUCACGUUCGGCGUUCCGUCUUGGGGCGCAGCCAUCCCUGCAACCGUCCUGGCCUGCAAUGCAGGCUUGGGCACGUGCAUGGCAGCGUGCGUGGCGGCCGGUCUGUCGCCCAUCCCUUAGCCCGCUCCUUUAGGGCGGACUAUCGCGCUUGGGCAGCGUGUACAGUUGAGUUUUUCACAAUCAUGCUUCAUUGGUGCAUCUUAGCCUCCGUCAGGUUGUGACAAUAUGUUAGGUCAUGGCUGCAGCAGGAUCGGCUGCAGCAGCAGGCAGCAGUUGCGCGCGUUAGUAACGAUGUAUAGAGCAAUAUGUGAUUAAUGUUUGCUAGCUGUUGUAUAUAUUGGCACAUGCGCGAGCUGAUAUGUCCGCGCUCUUACAACUCGGAGUUGGAGUUACCUGGAGAAUGGCGGGAGGCAUGUGCGCAGAAUAACUAGUUGGGGCAGAUUGCAUGCUGGACACGAACAUUCGUAUGAGCUCAUGCCGCUCUGUAAUUAUCAAAACAC